AUGGAUGACUGUAAACCUGCAGACACUCCUAUGCAAGUUAAUCAUGGCUUGAGAUUGGAGGAAGACUCUAAACUGGCAGAUAAGGAGCAGUACCAACGCUUGGUUGGCAAACUAAUCUACUUGUCACACACCCGACCAGACAUAGCCUAUGCAGUAGGGGUAGUUAGCCAAUUUAUGCACCAACCACAGGAGAAUCAUAUGGAAGCUGUCAUGAGAAUAGUCAGGUACUUGAAAGGAACUCCAGGAAGUGGGAUCUGGUUCAAAAGAAAUGGGCACCUUAACAUUGAAGCAUACACAGAUGCUGAUUGGGUCGGUAACCCAAAUGAUAGAAGAUCUACAUCAGGCUACUUUACAUUGGUGGGAGUAUAUGGCAAUCCGACAACCGGUGUAUACUACCCUAUCACAUGUUGCAGCAUUAGAUCUCAAACAUUAUCCUCACAUGAUCAUCAGCUCGAACUUUAA